AUGUCAUAUCAAAAAGGAAACGAGCUGCUGGACAAGCUUUCGCAUCUUCUUCAGUUACACGGUGCGUUUUCAACAACAUAAAUUAAUUUGUAUUUUCUUUACGUGCGUCACUCACGUACGCCGUAGUUCGAGAUCUUUGAAUGGUUUUUCUUUAAAACUUUAUUUCCUCGCUCGCUCAAUAGAAAGUCUGUUAUUUUGAGUGCAUGUGCCAUGUGAGGAGGAAAUUGGCAUUUCACAUCGUUGGUGAACAACUUAAGAUCAUUUGAUCAUAGUCAUGUGAUGAUGUUAGUUAAUAUAUGACAUGUACUAUAGCUCAAACACUUUCCUCUGGACACAAAAACUUUUCGUUGACUAGUUCAUUUGACAGUUAGAUCUUCAUCUUUUUGUGAUCAUUGCUUAUAGAAGAGAGGGUAAGCGCGCAGAUCUCUAAGACGGUUCAAAGCGUUCUAUUUCCUUGUUUUUUCAUGAAUGUAAAUGUUCAUUUAUCAAAACAGAAAUUGAAGCUUGCUGAAAUAUUUCCUAUGGGCUUUGAACAGUUAUUGCACUGCUCGUUCAAUCAUUAUUAGAUGACAUAUUCACUUGAUCAAUAGAUGAUUCCACUUUAAAGAAAACAUUUGUUGAAUAGAAAAUUUUAAUCCAGACAUUACUCCAAUACUUUCAGGACAAAUGUCUGAAAUGUUAUUCCUUGUUUUCCUGGAAGCUAUUUAGUGAGAUGUUCCUAGAAUGGCGAGACGAAGGAAUGUUGAAUAAAUCGCGAUACUGCCCAGAAAGUGUUGGAGUCACUUUUCACUUAAUACAUUGAACAUUAUAGAGCUAAAACUUCUAGGCAGUCAUGUGUGUUUUCCUGGUGAGAUAUUUUUUCCUAUGGGGGUGGGGGGUAUGAAGAGUCUCUCUCAUUCUUGGUUUGCUUUCACUAAGGAAUGAAAGUGUGCUAAAUUUAAUAUAGAGAUUAUUUUUAUGUCAGAACUGAUGGAAAUUUGACCUUUCCCUGCUUUUCCAGGAGAUCCUAUCUUAAGACAGGAAAGUCAGUUGUGCUUAACAGCCACAUCAGUUGUGUUCCUCACUGAAUGCUUUGAAAGUGUAUCAGGUAAAGAGGAAACUGGAAUAGGGUGUCUCCUGAAUCAGUUGUUUGUCUUGACUGAUACAAAUAUCUUAAAGUUUUCAAUGAGUGAUAAUAUUACUAAAAAUAAUUUUAAGAACAUUUAAGGUACAUUUUGCACAGGAAGGACUUGGUUAUCAUUUAUUGGCAGUGUAUAUCUGGUAUAGAUCUGUUAAAAGCUGUACAAAACUUAAGAGAUGAUAUGUGACCCUCCAUGGGAGAACAGACACUAACACUUUUCCUGUUUAAAAUGUGAAACUGUUUAUUUUCCUUUUUAAUGCUUUUGCUAAAAUGUUUAAGCAGUUUGCUCAUCUGUUUAAAAAAAUUUGCAUUUGUUUAAUGCUGUGGCAAAAACGGUUUGCUCAUCCAUUUUAAAAAAACCAAUCCGUUUAACACUCCAGGGAAAACUUUAAACUGUUUCUUUAUCAUUCUGUUAUGAGCAGUUUGAAGUUACAGUCUUACAUUCGCUCAAUACUUGCUGGUUCUUGAAAUGCAGAGUGAUGGUAUUUUAUUUUGGUUCUAUCUUUUCUGUGAUCAUAGAAAGCGAGUAAUUGUUCUAUACUGGUCUCAAAAUUUGUUUUACCUGGCACUUAAAAUAGGAGAAAGAUAUAACUUAAAUACAUAAUUGUAUCUAAGUUAUGGUUUCAGUUUUUCUUUGAUCGAAAAUCUCCAGGCCCAUGGGAUUUUAAUGCGAGUAUGUUAAUUUUUUUUCCAUAAUCUUAAUCAAAGGAUGUAAUUAAACUGAUUUUUUUUUCCACUGGUUUGAAAAUUUUUAAACUGAACUUUCAUACUUGCAUUUCAAUUCAGUCCCAAAUUAGUUGUACAUGUACACUAAACUUAACUGUUUGCCUCGUUCAAUUUCAAGCUAUGAUUCUCUCAUACCAGGUCAACAAGGUGUUCAUGAGAGAGAAGAUGUCUUCAGUCAUCAGCAACUUGUUCAUAAUAAAGACAGAAAAGCUAUAACAUUCCUUCAUGACUUUCUCAGAAGGACACCUUCACUUCGGGUAAUACGAGUUUGAAUGCAGUGAUUUUUUGUUGCAUGUAUUAACAUGUUGAUAUUUCUAACAGAAUUAAACUACAUUCCUGACCAUAUUCAAGGAACCUUGCCUCUUCUGUAGUAGCUUUCUAAGCUAAAGUACUUCUCAUAAGUAACUUGACAGUCUCUUAGUGGUGACAACUGUUUCCUAUUUUCUUUUAGCUUGUACCAGGAGCAUGUUCCCAUUUUGAUGGACUUAUCAACAUUUCUUGUUUCCAAGCAUUGCAAGUAUUAGAGGUAAAAAACCUGUAAUUUAAAAUCUUAUACAUGUACUUGUGUGAACUAUAGGCAAUCUGGCUAUUGUAGUAUCACUGUUAAUAUACAAUUUUAUGACUGCACAUGUAGCAUCACUACCAAAUUUGACAUGCAGCUUAUUCUAUUCAACAGAUCAAGAAAGUUCCAGUAGGAUUUAUUAGAGGAAUUCAAAGCUUAAGACCCCAACUCAAGACACUAACAUGUAAAAAGUCACUUAUCUCACUCAAUGUAAGUAUGCACUUAGACUGAUUAUUGUAUGUUAAUUGGGAGUCAUUUUGGCCUUGGUAUUGUCUGGAACACAUAUUUAAAGGUCUAGAAUUGUGACCGGCCAUGUCAUUCUCACUGUUAUUUUCUUGGGCUUGACACUUCCCUCUUGCAGAGCUUCAAAUUCCCUCUAUCCAAGAGUAUACAAUCAUGCAACUCAGUCAAUUAUAUUAUUAUUUCUAUACUAGGAAGUGUUUUUUCAUUGUGGUGGCGAUCUCUCCAAUGCCCCAUCAGCUUGGCCUCAACUGAAAAAUGUGGAUUUCAGUUACAAUGGCAUCGUGCAAGUUGAUGCUUCUGUGGUUCGUACUUUUCUUUACAGUUGGACUUAUGAUAUUUUAAAAUCAAGAUUAAUUUUCAAAUACUGUACAUAAAUUUUAAUCCAGCUGUAGUGGCAAUUUUUGCCAGAGAAAGUUGACACAAUUAUCUCCAGGCCUGGUUUGCAAAUUGAUUUGUGCCAUCCAAGGAUGAAGUACACUGGUAUGAAGUAUACCAGGAUGAACCAUUUAACUGUUCUUAAAUUGUACAUGCUCAAAUAGAGCUUCUGAUUAUGAAUCACUUUGACCAAUAUGUAGAAUUCUUGAUUUAUAUUUGAUGAGGAAGAGUACUUCAAAUUUAUACAUAAAUGAGCUUAACUGCACACCUUGAAAAAAAACUGCAAUUGUAAGUUGUUAUUACAAGUGUUACUAACAAAAUAGAAAAGAUUUUCAAAGUUGAUCUUGUCCAUUUUAUUUUUAAUAGAAACUAUUGCCAGCAGCUGAAGUCCUCAAUCUUAGUCAUAACAAUAUUAAUGUCACUGAAGGUGAUGAGUCUUUGGUUAAUUGGCAGGUAAGAAAUCAAAGCAAAUUUUGUUAUUUUUUCUUUCUUUCAUCCUUUAUUUUUGGACCAUGACUUUUUAAGUGAUUGCAAUGCCAUGAAUUGAUCAUUUUUUUCUGAAAAUUUUCCUUUGUUUUUUUGUUGCAGUAUUUGUCUGACAUCCAACACUUGAACUUGGGAUUUAACCAGUUAGAAUGUAUUCCUGUGCCACCAGCUGAAGACAGAAUAUUAAUCUUCAAGAACAUGACCACACUUUUAUUGAAAAAUAACAACUUGCAGAAUUUGAAAGGUGCGACGUACAUGUAGCUUUUAUUUAUGGGAAUUGUUUAAAGUCAAAUGGAGACUUUGAACAAGUUGAACAUGAACCCCUAGAAAGCCUUAACAUAUAAAUUUCAUGCUGAUGCAGUUAUCACAUGAAUCUAUGGCCAUUGAGAGACUUUUUUUGAGCCCAUCAACAUGACCACACUAAUUGAACCUUCAAGCAAUACGCAUCCACUAGCUGUAAGUCACUUGGUAUAAAACAACAUUUAUGUACAACAUUUUGACAUAAGCUUUUAUUUUAUAAUGUUUCUUAAGAUCAACCCUGUUACUUGUGUUUUCCAAUGUUAUUUGCUUGUAUACAGAGUUGGUUUUUAUAUUUUGUACUUUUCUGUCUAGGUCUCCAAGCUUUCUCCAAAUUACGAGUCCUUGAUGUUUCUUUUAACUGCAUAGUGGCUUUAUCAGAACUUACACCACUAGCUUAUCUUCAUGACCUUAUAUCAGUGAGUAAUUAUCAUCCUUUCAGUUACAAAUCAGAUUUUUAGUUAAUUAGUGCAUUUAUGAAGUAUUUAAAUUAUUGUUGAUGAAAUUAUUAUGAUUAUUUUUUCUGUUAUUUCAGUUAAACCUUCAAGGAAAUCCUGUUGUAUUCUGUCGUUACUACAGACGAGCUACAAUUGCCUGUUUAUAUCCUAUACCUCGAGUUGAACCAGUGAGUAGACUAGACAUUAAAGAAAGAGUGUGUGAUUAAUUUAUUUCACCUCAUUGAAGGUCAUGAGUAUUGAUUCCACUUACACGUAAUUAUUAGGUCUAAAUUUCAUUAUUUCCAUUUAGUACCCCUUGGAGUUUGGUCAUUUUUGUUAUCUAUGUUAUUACGUGUACCAAACAUACUAUAUUGACUGUAAUGACAUUCUCUGAGUAGCAAUUCCUAUUUGGUGUAAGUUUUUAUUAUUCUUAAAAUAUUUUUGUCUGUUGCAGAUCAAAAUUGAUGGGAAGCCUCUAGAUUCUGAAGAGCAAGUGGUAGGUUACAUAGUUCCUUCACAGAAAUUUUUUAAUUUGUUGAGACAACUACUGAAAAAGUAUAAAAACUUAAAUUUAAUCAAGAUACCUUUUUGCCCACUGUAAUGCUUUGCCACCAACUAUAAAGCAUAAUCUUAUAAAUAUUAAAAUAUGUGAACCUCUUAAAUAUUUUCUAACAGCGCUUAACUCCCAAACUUUGAGGUUUUUUUUUUGCAUGUAAAUUAAGUAUACAUAAAAUUUCCCUUAAGACCCAGAUCUCUAUAGAGUGCUGUAUGUAAAGUGUACACAAAUUCUGAGAUGGCAUGUUUGGGAGACCAACAUUUACAUGUACAGUAAUAUUUUUAAAGGAACAAUUUGCUCUUCCAAAAAUUUCAUGAGGAUAAACAGACUUAUGAUGGUGACAGAGUGUUAUCUUCAAGUUGAUUUAAAUUAAGAAAGGAAUAUUGGAAGCUAACUAAAUGCUUUGUUGAACAAACUAUUUUUGCAGCUCCUUGGUAGGAAUGUGCAUCCAGUAUCCAUGUUGUCUUAUAUACCUGAAGCACCAGUGCAACACCAUCGUGUCAGAACCAUCAGGAAAGUGGAGGAAGAUUCAAUGGAAUCAUCGGAGUCUCAAGAAGAGUCGUCAGAUUCUCCAUCUAAACCUAGAAAAUCCAAGGUGAAGAAAGCUAUUUGAGCAAAAUUUCACUCUAACGUCUCCAUGUAAACCUUGAAAAACUAAGGCAAAAAAAAGCAUUUAAAGGAAACUUUUGAUCUCAGGUCUCCACGUGAACCUAAGAAAUCAACAGUGAAGAAAGCUUUUUAGAAUAAAUUUCAUCCAUAGAUCUUCAUAAAAAUCUAGAAAAUCGCAGGAGAAGAGAGCUUUUAAAGCAAAAUUUCAUCCUCAGAGAGAUUUGUACGUGACACAAAUUCUUCUUACUAUUUACUUAAACAAAUGCAUUUACCUCUUAAAGUGUCCUCACGGCUUGGUGCAUCAAUCAAUUUCUUACAGUUAUAGAAAUCCCUGUCGUCUACACCUUUAUGUGUUUUAAGCAUUUGACUCUUAUUGACAGAAGAAAAACAAGAAAGGACGAAGAGUUGUUACCAGAGAAAUUGACUUCGAUGAUGGCAAUGAGGGAUUGACUUCACCUACUGACGAACUGCUUACGGGCCCGUCUACCUCGACUGCUAGUGAGUGUCACAACAGAUGAUUAAAAGAGAUACAAACAAACAAAAAUAGUUACAAGCUAGGGCACUUAAAUUUGUGAUUAACAUGUAACCUCUCCCUGUCAUAUCCAUACGUUUCCUAGCAAAUGGCUAAUGAGAAUACUCAAACUCACUAUCAAGAGGAAGUUUUUGUCUUGAUCUUACACCAAAUUCUCGUAACUAAUUUACAACGAAUUGUCUAGCAGCAAGAGGAGAGAAUUAACAAUCAGAUCUUGGGAGUUAAAGGGUUAAGAAGGUCAUUUAAAUUGAUAAUGCGCUAUGUUUUUUAUUUCCCAUGGAUACAGCGCCUAUUGAUCAAGCUCUUGAACAUGCCGAUGAUGUGGAAAACCUUAAGAAAUUGAGGCAGCUAGGUGGAGAAGGUGCCAGCCACAAGCUUUUUGUUAUUGCUCCCUUGAUUCUAAGUCUUGUUUUAAAUAGUUUUCUAAGUUUUCACAACGGUUGAAAUUUUGACAAUGCACUCCAAAUCACCUUUUGGCAAUGGUGAUGCUUUUUCUUGUAUGCAACUCUGCAUUUAAUGAAUGGUCAGAUUUGUAAACACAAUGUUCUUUAUGUAAAUACUACAAGUAGCCUCCAUUUGGUGUCAAAAUAUGCUCAGAUAUUAAAUUUUGUCCGCAGACAUUAUUUGUUUCGAGAGGCAAAGCUCGAGGAAAAUUGUGAGCUUCAAGAAAGAGCAAUAAAACACUCUCCCAUCUGAAUCAAGCUUUGUCAGAAGCUUUCCACUUGAUAAACUCUGAUAUAGUUGAUAAGAAUUUACUCGCCCUAAAGUGCGCUUUUUCUUUUUCCACACAAUCGCAAAUUGGAAUUAAUCGAGUGCCCUUGAAAGGCCUCCAUGUCUCGAAAAUCAACUCGAGUCUCGGUCCUUUAUUUGCGAGGGUCGAGUUUUGUAGGACUGUAAACUUUCUUGUAGAUAGAAGUCCAAUUUUCAAAUUGGAAUUAAUCGAGAGCCCUUGAAAGGCCUCUAUGUCUCGAAAAUCAACUCGAGUCUCGGUCCUUUAUUUGCGAGAGUCGAGUUUUGUAGGACUGUAAACUUUCUUUCAGAUAAAUUUAUUGUUAUCAUUCCUUAUCAGGAUGGUUACCAGCCAUUGACCAGGUAGUUCAUGCACAAGAGCAGGAAGAAAUAGCCCCUGCUAGUGUGCACGUUUCUGCUGAAUCCUUGUUAGAUCACGGUAAGUGGACCUCCUCUAGUAACACGACUGCUACGAAUUCGUUAGUCGCUGACUAAGAAUUAGAAUCUUAAAACUUUAUUAGCAUUUUUAAGGAAUAGGCAUUUCGUUUUCAGUCCCUGUAAAGUCCUUGAAAACUUGCCUGAAAAACUUGUCUGAAAAUGUUGCACAUUUCUGCCUUCCUUCAGAAGUAAAAUUUGAAUUAUAUUAUUUGUGAAAGUUCUUUAAAAAUCCUUUCAAAGCUAAAAUAUCGGAAUUUUGAGUAAAUUGUGUGUCAUGUUUCUUGUAAUUACAGAUACAAUGUAUAGCCGCAGAUAAUAAUUUUUUUGUUAUAUUAAAGUGAAUUUACUCUUUCUUCUCUUACAUUGUAAAUGAAAGCUAUUCUAACCAUGAAAAUUGUCAUUUCAGGUUUUACGAAUCAUUCAGAUUCAUGUAUCCUGCACUGUUUAACUUUCGUUAUUUUUUUGUUUGUUUUUCAGCAUCAAAUGUCAUUCGCACAGAGUCCAUUCAGAGUUUUACGGAUAAUACAAUAGAGAUACACAGUCCUUCAAGUACUUUCGGUAUUCUCUCUGAUGAAGGUAAGCGUCAAAGUUUUUUUUAAAGUAGAUAUUUCUGUAAAUAUUUGUAUUUUUAAGGGGAUUUUCUAGGCAACACAUAGCCAUUAAGCCUACCUAUGAGACUGAAAAGUUCAAUGUGCAUUUAAAACAAAGGAAACUCCUUAAGCGGAAUAAAACCGAGAGUGAUCAAGUCGUGAUUGAUUUUAGUCAUGAAUCUGAUCGAUCGAGAGGGUGGCGCGAGUUUCCCUAGACCAAUCAUGUUGCACAGUGAAGUAAAACCAGUUCAAUCCCAUAUUGCCUUCGAUAUUCAAUUGAAAAUGGAAAGAUGGUAACUGAAGGAUAAGCGGGUCUAACGUCACUAGGUUGAUAAGCAUCCUGCAGCGUUGAGAGCUUCGUAUUAAUAAAUAGAGCAAGAAAGGUGGAAAAUUAAAGUUUUCUGUUUUUGGUGGUUUUCAGAUAUCUCAGAUGGGCAUCAUUAUGUUGUGACAGCAAUGUCUACUUUGGAUGAGGCUGAAGGCAAUGCUGAACAUCUGUUUCUGACGGUCAGGGAUGACUUUAUCAUGGAAAAGAACUUUGCUGGAAAGGUAAGUGUCCAGAAGCACUGAAAACAGACGAUAGCAACAGCAAAUGAUUAUGAUGAUUAUGUGUAAAUUUUACCAAUGAGCAGUCGACCUAGAAGCUGUUAGUUUUUAUCACACUUGGCAGUAAUGUCGCAAUCUGAUUGGCCAAUUUGCCUUUGUUGAUGAGAGUGCAGACAAUGCUGCUCGCGUCAACUUGCCAUUUGUGAUUUUGGUUGUGAUUUGAUGUGGACUCACGAGGCGCAGCAAAGUGAGUCCACAACAUUUUGAUUAAAAUUAAAGACCACGCUAAACCACCGUCGAUUUGUUGAAUUUCCAUUUGAAACGCCAUGAUCCAAUCUCAGAACAUGAUAAGAACACAGUGAGACUACGAUAAAUUAUGAAUGGAUGAAGCAAAUUAUGAGGGAACAAUUUUUUCAAUUUAUAUGUUUUAAGGAAUAUUUCAAAGCCCGCAAAGUCAUACUAAUUAGAGGUACGAUUUAGGUAAAUGUUAUGCUUGUUGGUAUCCGUGAUUCCUGUUGAAUGGUAAAUCUUUGCUUUCUGUGCGAUGCGGAGAGCUCAAUAACUGGUUUAAAAGUACUGCAUAGUACAUCAGAGCUUAUUCAGAACUUGCUGUGUUGUUUUUUACGUGGGGGGCAGGGGUGGGGGCUUCUAGUACCAGGACCAGGUAUGAAAGAGUAUAAAGUGACCCUUGAAUUGUUAUUUUUAGGUCAUUUCCCGGUUGGAAACAAGUUUGUUAAGGGAUGUAAACAUGGUUAGGACGGAAGAUAAUCAUUCAGUUAUACAUCUGAGGUUCGACUACAUGAGUCGUGAGAGACAAAGGCGGGACUACGUAAUGGAGGACUACGAAACUGCUGUGGUAAAGAUUCUGGAUUUGACUCGAGAGCAAUUUUCGAUUGAGCAACUGAGUAUUCUACUGUGGGUUAUCUUUACUUUAGUGACAGUUCUUCUCUACCACUCAAAUGAUACAUUAAAAGCAACCCUACCUUGUCGUGGCCACACGCACUUUCUCAUCUGUUUCCUGUAUUACCUUUGAAUUUGACAAAUCAGUGCAACUGGAUUUUUUCCUAGUGUUUGAUAUAGGACACGCGACUGAAAAGCACCUACAACUCUUUCUCUUCAUGAAAAACAAUUCAUGGCAACAAACCGGACUGACUGGUGCAAAUGUACUGAAGGGUAGAAGAUCUCGAAAGGAGAUACCUGAAAGUGGAAAGAAUCAUACUUGUGAUUUUUUAAAAUAGGAUUCAAGUAUUUGAGUCUUCUCUACGACAUGUCUCUAAUAUUUAGUCAUUCCUUUACCACAGCAACUAGCAGAAAUCCUGGAACCUUUUGUUACAGCAAAAGGAGAAAUGAAAAAAGUUGCUCUUGAACGUCUACAGGUAAAGGAAGACAAUAGUGGUGAUGUGCUCUGUUAAAUCUCGCCUCUGAGUAAACGUUGUUGUGUCUUGCGAUAUUGAAGAAGCCUUAAAAAUUUAGGCUUGGACUUGAGUCUGAAUCCAAGUCUCUUAGAUACUUCGUAGGCGCCAUCACCAGUUAAGCGGAGUAGCCGGAGAUUGGGAUAAGGUUCCUUUUCUGCAAUUUCCUUUAUUGCAGUUCAAUUAUGAGAAUCAUUCCUUCCUUUGUAAUUAUCCAUAGGACUGACUGUAGAAAAUAUGUACUCUUUCGUUUAUAUGUGAGAUAGGUUCUAGGUUGUUCUAGCAUAGAUAAGAUUGGAACUUUUUCCAAACGACCAACUUGAAAAAUGUAGCUGAAUUUUUCUCGAUGCACAAACCAUCAAUUAUCUCCUUUAAGUUACUUUAAUUAAUACAUUAGUAAUAUUUCUUAUGUAUUUAGGAUUUAUGUAUAUUUUUCUUUAAAUUUCAGUGCCUGAAGUGUUCGGCAGAGUUCACAAAACCAGUCGCUCUCGAUGAUGCAUUCUGCCCUGACUGUGGCAGCUCUCUCACUGUUCAAGUAUCUUCACCUGUAAUUCCGGUCAAACCGGUUUUCACUCUCGAUCAUGUGACUGGACAGGUAAUAGGAAAGCACAUGGAAGCGUCUAAACUGAACGUCAGUUCUAUCAAGACGCUGAAUGGUGACAUGUCUGUUACACCUCUCCAACAGUUAUCAUCGUCUUCUUCCUCAUCGUCUUACAUUGAAGCUACAGAGGAAAUUCAAAAGGUAGCGAAAACAGACCGGAAGAUUACAUCAGCAGAGGAUAAAGGGUAUGUUUAUAUGCAGGUUCACUUACGAAAGUUAUGUUUAAGACGACUUGCCAUGGUACUGUUACAAAAACUUUCUGCAGGGAACCUACUACAGAAAUGAGAAAAAUGUGAUUAUUAUUAUUAAUAUAAUGAUGAUGGUUAAUGCUAUUAUCACUAUUACAGAAAUCUUUAUCACUUUCGCUGAAUAAACAUGUUGCUACCUGGGGAAGAACUUUCACUAUUUCACAUGGGCAAAGUCAAAAGCUAUGAAAUAAGGAAAAAUUACAUUCAGUUGGAGAGCUGUUUUUUGUAAGGCCGAGACUAUGACAAAGUUGUUCGGCAAGGUAGCGAUAGGAUAAAAUCAAGCGGCACUGUGACCGCUUGGAUCAUCUUUUGCACAAUUUUAUGGUAACUUUCAUCAUUCCUCAGCUAGUUGGCGUGUUUUUAAAAUUCCAGCCUGUACACUUCUCUGAAACUGACUGUAAAAGGUGGAUUAUGAAAUGCACUGUGUCAAGUUGUAGUCGUCAAAUACCUUUCAAGUUGAUUUUUCUUGGUUAUGGUUUAGUUUCAUUGCGUGAAUUAAUGUAUUUAUGGGUUAAAAAAUUUUCAAUGAGUGACAGGCAAUCGAAAACUCAAAUAACACUCACCUCCCAACAGGAACACUAAGUUAUUGGGAAGCAGAUUUUGAUAUGCAAAUAUUGUUCAUAUCAUAGGUAUUCAACAAAUGGAAUUGCAGCUGCAAAACACCCUGAUGUUAUUCCAAAGUCAACAGAGUCUUUGGAUCAGUCUCCAACGGUACCAGACUUGUGCACCAACACUUCUGAAAAAAAUUUAAGUGAAAAUGGCAAGGAUUCGUCUUCAGAAAACGAAAAAGUUCUGAAAAAAUAUGUAGUGAAGGAGUCUGGAAAGUUCAAAGUGAACGAGAGUGGAAAAUAUACGGUAAAGAACAGAAGUUCGCCUCAAAUAAGAACGAGUGCAUUAACUAGCUCAUUAAAAGAGUCGAGUAAAUCUUAUCAGCCUCCGCCCACUGAUAUGUCAUCAACCCAGGUCGGUAGAAAUGGUGAAAAUUUUGGAGCUCAAAAUUUAAAUGGUAUAUCAGGGAUUAGAAGUAAACAAGUUGACGAAUUGAUUGACAACCGUCCAUCAACACCACUCGAAUCGAAGUGUGAGGAUUUUCAUCAGGAUGAUGAGUUUAUGAGCAAGUCGCUGCCUGCUGACACCGUGAAUAUGCUACAAAAACGCCCACCAAAAACUGCAACGCGAAAAAUUUCAGAACAAUACCUAAGCAGAAGGUCUCCUGUCCAAAGUAAACUUGGUCGAAGUGCAAAUACCGACAGAGGGCCGACCAAAUCGACGGAAGGCUUUCCUAAACAAACGAAACUGUCUUCGAGUUUACCGAGAACGCCCACGCCAAAAGUGUUUUUUAAUAACUUAAUAAAUCGUUUAAAGCCAGGAAAUAGUCCAAGCAGUUCGCUGGAUUCACGGAGCAGUUCGAGUGGUUCAAGUUCCCGACCGACGACUCCAAGUAGUAAUGUUAUCGAGCCUAAUGCGACUCUGACCUUUCGUCUAACUGCGGAUGAAUUUUCAAGCUGCGAUCACAAGUUGAAGUUGUAUUUCGAGGUGUCGCUGUUUCGGUGGGGCAGCAGCGAGAAGUUCUGCUGUUUGUUGAAAGUAAGAUCUUGUGUUUUGCUCUCUGUGAGUCUUAGGACGAAAUUUUUUUUGGAAGAUAUCUAAGGUCUUUAUUAUUGCGCAUUCUGUGGCCUGAGACGAAUGUUGCAUUUUACUCUGUUGUCGACCUGUCAUAUGUUUCUGUAUCUCUUUGUAAUCGAGUGUACUUCUUGAUUUCAGGCCCCAGUUGUUAUUUAUGGCGAGACUGAAGAAACUCCUGCCGUUAUGAUUACAUCCAGUGUCAUGUUCUACCUUUGUAGUUUUUCCGUGAGAGGAAGGUACUGUGUUUACUAAGUGCUUAGAGCUGCUAAAACCACUUGUAGUUUGCCUUUUCCCAUUAACCCUUAACUCCUAAGAUCUGAUGUUAAUUCUCCCCCCAAGCUGUUACACGUUUCCUUGUAAAUUAGCUAGGUGAAUUUGGUGUUAGAUCAAGAUGAAAACUUCUUCUUGAUAAAUUUGAGUAUUCUCAUAGACUGUUUCCCGGCCAACGCAUGGAUGAUAUAGGGACUACUUACAUGCUAAUGACUUCUGAGGGUGAAAAGGUUAAGACGACACGCAACUGUGGACAAGUUCUGCUGCACGUAUACGAGUACCCUGCCCCCUCUAAUAAAAAAAGAACAUGGGGAUAUUACUUACAAAGAUACGAACAAAAGUCAAACAAAACAACCUAGCAUACAAACAAUAAAUCCUAGUUGUUGAAGUGUUUGUAUGUGAGGCGGCGUGUAGGUGGUUCUGCUUCUGAAAUUUCAGGUUGAAGUCUUUGCCGGGUUGUUACAUUAUGGUGUAUUCUUGGGAAAGCCACUCUACUCUCGCUUCGUUUCUUUUCAUUGGGAGCCACUCGAUGCUAACAUUCUUCGUAUUAUCUUUUAGCGGGACACCCGACGAGUGUCUCACACCACUGGUAUCUCAUCCUCUAGAUAGUUUGCACUUCAUUGACAGAGGACUCGGAAGUCAGGUAAAUAUCAAUUCAUGUUCAACCGCUGUGAGUGUCCUUUGGUGUCAUAAGUAGCGUAUUAGGAACAGCCAAACCUGUAUCGCUUCGCCUUCCCUCGCGUGUUUCAGCGCAGAACUUUACAAAAUCUCGGAGUAAAAUAUCUGUCAUGUUUCCCUUUCGCCAAUUUCCUUCAUUAGGAUCGCGCUUGUAGACAUUAUUUGUUGUAGCACUUUCUCUGUACAACUGCCCACUUACAAAGAGGUUAUAGACACUUAAGAUAUUUUUGACAGUGCAAAGACUAUGCAAGAAACACUUUGGUAAAUUUGAGUCUCGAUCUGUACUUGGCUUCCUGUAAGAUGAGCCCCCCUCCGACAACAAAGACUUGUCUCAAAACGUUCGCCGCCUUUCGUCACACAGCGCCUUGAGCCGCCCUCUGUCUUUGAAUACCGAUUGCAUGACGCGACGAGACCGAACAAUGGCUGCGAAGAAGACUCAACAGUCUCAUAUCUUUUCUGUAGAAUUUGAAAAAGCUGACUUUUUCCGCAACUUUUCUGUAGAAUAUUACGUGAGUGUCUUUGAUACUGAAAAGCGACAACUUAUUCAAUUUUUGUCUUCAGAGUUUUCGUCUUGAAUUCUCCGUUCAAGGCGGUUGUUAUGACUUUCUGGUCCGUGACAAAGAUCGUUGUGAAAAGUUCCUAAAAGUGUUUACAAGUAAGUUAUCUUUUUUUAAGCUAUGAAAUAGCGAAAUCCAGUAUUUACGACAAUGUCGACGAUAAAAAUGUAGUCUUAGUAACCCUGCUACCUCAAUUAACUCAUUCGUCCUAGUACGGCUUCCUGCUGUGCAUUGCUGUCCUAUUUAGUUAAGAGGAUUUCGUUUUGUGACAAGUCAACACUUCACUUAACUCUGUGUAAUCUGGAUACUGUAUUGAUUUGAUUUUCUACUUCGUUUUCCUUUCAGAUGUUGUACAACAAGCCAAGAUGAAGGUGGGCUCUAGACCUGUUGUCGUUUCCCCGCCUCAUCCUCAAACGCUGGCACACAUCAGGUAAGCUGAUUUAGUAUAUGACAUUUCUUUUAUGUUAUGGGCAUUUAAUAAGGCAAAGAAGUUCUUCCUUCGCCGAAUGCCUUUGACUACUGUAUAGAUAAACUUCCUCGUGCUCGUUUCAAUUUAAAGUCUUUUUGCCAUCCAACUCGUUUGUAACCUGUUUACCGCGUUUGAUACUGUAAACAAGUCAUCCGCGCUUGUUUCUGGCUACAUGCGUCUCAGCGCUUGUCACUGAUGAAAUGUUUUUCCGCGUUAGUCUGUAGUUACAAGAUUUCCCGCUAAUCGCUGAUUACAUGUUUUCCGCCCUUUCCGCUGGUUACAUGUUUCCUGCGCUUUUCGCUGGUUACACGUUUCCCGCGCUUGUCGUUGGUUACAUGUUUCCCGCGCUUGUCGUUGGUUACAUGUUUCCCGCGCUUGUCGUUGGUUACAUGUUUCCCGCGCUUGUCGCUGGUGACAUGUUUCCCUCGCUUGUUACUGCCUACAAGUGUCCUCUGCUUGUCGCUAGUUACUUGUUUUUUCAAUUUUUUUUCCACCUAUGAUGAAAUCAGUCUUUUUAUGGCUCGGGUCUUUUAAAUCUGCAGAAUCCCAGAACUAAACAUGUAUUGAUAAUUUCUCCCAGGUCUCAAGUCUUUAAGAUAAGACCGGAAGAUCCAAUUUUAAUGGUAAGAUUUUGUACCGAAUUAACACUUCAGGAUAAGUAAGUGGAUUUGUAUGUGGUGGGGGUGGGGAGGGAGGGGUUCAAGGACCUUCAGUCAAGUAGUUUUGUAUCCAGAAUGAGCACAUAGUCGGUUAUAGUCUCUCUGUGGUAGGUUUCUUGUUAUUAGUCUGAGGAACGUUUUGCACUUUUCUUAGGGAGAGCGACUGCAUCAGCAGGCUGUCCAUUUCGCUGAUCCCCCGCUGGUAAAAGACCGCAAGGUUAGUGAAACGUUCUGUUCAUUGUUAAAAACAUAUCCAGCUUUGGUUUAGUCUUAGGGUCGUUUUGCGGAAUAACUUUUAUUUACUACUUAGCUUGAACUUCUACUUUCUUCCCCACAGAUUUUGUUACGUAGUUAUUCAAGCUGUUUUGUGGGCAGAGAGUUUGUGGACUGGUUGAUUCAAGUAAAAGAAGUAGAAACCAGAGACGAGGUUAGUAUGAUCAUUCAGUAAAGAUUACUAAUUAAGAGAAGAUUCCGUGAUAAACUGCUAUGGAAAGAUCUCUCUCCUUAACGAAGCACUUUGUGAGCAAGCGUUAUUAAUUUUGCAGGGAGUAGGAAUCGGUCAGCUACUCUUGGAUGUUGGAGCACUGGAGUAUGUGUCUAAAGAGCAAGUGUUUGAGGACAAGAAUCAGUAUUACAGGUUUAACACAGAGGUAAGCUAUUUUAAUCUGUAACAUGAAGAACAGGUUUCUGUGGCAUGACUUCACCAAGUCGAUUCCUGUAACAAGCCUCAAUACCAGAAUAUGAUUCUACGAGGAAAUUUGAGAUUUCUUUGUAGCACUCGAUCAAAUUUAUAAUGCGUUAGGGAUAGGGUUAGGGUCAUGGUAUUGUGUUGUGCCAUGUCUAAGGGAAAAGCGUCUUACUUUCUCGCACCUUUCAACAGAAAAGAGAAUUACAUAUUAUCGAAAACUACCACGGCAGAAUCUUCAUUCCGACAUAACCCCUACGUCAAAAAAAGUAAGCAGUACUUUUAUCGUUCCUGGCCGAGAAAACUAAUACCUCCCUCCCCCUCCGUAGUAUUCAAUACUAUCAUUCAGCCCUCAAUUAACAAUGAUUUUUGUUUCUUCUCUUACUCAGAGAAAUGAUUUGGCGGGUGAUUCCUUCGCAAGCGAAAGUAUCCUUGACAUAGACACAAACAUCGUGUUGUUUUUAAUGGCUUAUCGCUGCUCAAAUACGGAGAGACCUGGUAAGAGACCUAUGGCAAUGUCGUUGAACCUAAAUUUGUCAUCGUUGUUGAACGAUCCUAGCAGAAAUUAGUCAGGGUUAAUCAGUGAGUUUCCUUAAACCUGUGUCACAACGCCUAUUGGUACACUUGUUGGGAAAAUAAUGUGAACGUGAACUCUCGUCCUAUAAAAUGCUGCUUUACGAAAUCCAUCCAUCGCACAGCCAUAAACAAAUUUUACCUUUUGGAAAAAGAUUAACAAACUGACUUUCUAGAUGUUUUUUUUCUUCUUUAAUCUAUUUUUCCGGUAAGUUAAGUAGUUAACCGCAAUUGUCAUGCUCGACCCAUUUCCAUAGCUCGCUGGGCCCAACUUAUAAACUGGUGGCUAUUCCAUUGCAAAGCAAGGGAACGAAAAACUACCUGUGGCGAAUUUUUCGACUCAAUCGCGCUUCCCUUUAAUUUCCAAAGACCCCUGCUGGUCAGUGUAUUAGAUAAGUUAUGUAUUAACUUGUCUCCACCAGUUGAGGUCCGUACACGUUCAUUAGGGUUCACCUUGUGUUCUCUUCCAUUGAUCAAACAUUUACCUUCCUGUUUUCUCUAGAUUCCAGUUUGAAUGCUGUCAGCGUGAUUGCAUCGCGGUCUCAUAUAGCCCUUGUCAAACAGAAUCCUCAGUGGCCCGUUCCACGGUACACAGCGCUGUCCCAACCGCUCAAGGACCCAGCGUUUGUGUGCUUGGCCCGACACAAAAUCACCGAUGUUACUAGCUUGGUAUGUAAUAUUUUUAAAAGUGUUAGUUAAGUGUUAGCAAAUUACAAACAGACUUUCACUCUGAAAAAAAUAUUGAAUUAUCUGGAGACAGUUAUUUUCUAUGCCGGAACUAUCUUGAAUGUGAAGUGGGGCAACGAAAUAAAUCAGCUGUACUUGAUCGUUUUAUAAUGCACUUGACGUUUGCUGUUUUCAUAGGAUUUUUUUGAAGAUGAUUCAUGCUUUAUGGGGAUCAGUAUAACAGACGAGGUAAGGUUUUACUGGUAUCACCGCGAUGUCAUUCAAUGAAUACUACGCCCUUCCGCAGAGAAGGUCAAGUAGUGAUGAUCUCAAACGAUAGUACCAUGAUAAAACACCGACUUAUCUCCAACUAUCCUCGUGACGAUUUGUAGCAACUUUAGGGAUGAAGAAGUUGGCAAUUGUGGUGAUGUAAAACUUAAAUUUUUUGUACAGAACGUCCCCGUGGGGAACGGCGAGAGUCAGUGGAUUUUGAAGACAGAAACAAUCACCACCCUCUCCUCCCUAGUCAAAGUGAUCAAGGAACCGUGGGAGGCUCAGUUUGGUGUGGAGUUACAAAAGAAUCUUUAUCCUUCUGUGAUGGUGAGGCCUUGAAGAAAUAUUCUUUAACUGUCAUGAAUGGGGGAGGGGGUGGGGCUGGGUAGUAACUGAGGUUGUGUCAAAGAGCUGCGUUUCGAUAGUAUAAGUCAUUCUUUUACUUGUCUGUUUACCAAAAUGACGCUUUUUGCAGUAUGCAUGACGCGUGUCACAUAUAAACUUUGUGACGGCCCUUAUCACCACAGAGGUUUCUGUGGCUCAUUGAUAAAGCAUGGAAGUGCUUAAUUCGGAGGUCUGGAGAUUUCUCUAAUCCACGCCCUCCCUCUCUUUAUGCAAAGUAUUAGUUCGGCAAGAUAGAAAAACAUAGGAGAGGUAAUAAUGAACCAAAGAGGCCAAGGAUAGCUGUGGAUGGUGGGAGUUAUGACUGAUGAUAAAUGACGUACUUGAUUCAUUCAGGCUAAAUCUGCUAAGAUGGACAAACAAUGAGUGCCUUUAAUACACGUGCGUGUUUGUGAGUUUAAAUAUUUUUUCCCCUUUUUUUUCGUUUGCAGGACCACAAAAUGUAGACGAAGUGGACUGACAUAUUCUUUACUAAAAUUAUUCACAGAGAAUCGAAAAGUUACAAGUCGCAUGCGCAAUAGUACUCUCAACAACGUUCUGUUCGAUUUGCUAUCCUUGAUAAUACUCUUUCGACAUGGAGCAAUCCCUUAGUGUAGAGAAACUAAGGAGAUUUGUCUCAAAGUUUGCGGUGUAGUUUAGGAAAUAAUUCACCUAAGAUAGCAGCCUCUAUUCUUCUUUUUGAAAGCAACAGAAUGACGCGAGUUAUGGCGUUAUCUCUCGAGCGAGCAAUCACAGCGAAUUAAGGGUUAACUUCCAUGGCAACCGUUUUACCAUGGCAACGCAUUAGUUUCGUAUGCAGUCGACCCAGGACAAGUGUUGAUUGGGUUUCGAAUAACGCGGCCCUAGGCAGUCAUACAGAUUCCCUAUUAUUCACAUUAAUUUAAAAAAUUCACUUUUAUCAAAUUCGAACAACACGAAGUGAAGCACAGAAACUCCUUUUGAUAUAAAUAGUAAUUUAUUUCAAUGAAAGCUUAAAAUUAUUUUAAUCCCUCUAUUACUGAUGCGGGAGUUUCGAACACGACAGCGUUCGUUAUAAAAAUGCCACAAUUUUGCUUCACAGAAUUAAGAAAGAUUAUUUAUUUCAAAAGCUUAAUUUCGUUUUGUCUCCUUUCUGCGGCAUCGUAACCAUAAUUGAUCACAUGGUCAAUGAAUAACAAAACCCAAAACAAAUUAACUUCAAACUUAAUAUAUAUUUAAAACCUUCGUUUUGGAUCGAGAAUGAUAAAGCAAGAAAUAAACUUUAUUCCAUUAAGAUGAGGGAAACGUGUCUUGUUAUCAGUCUAAUCUAAACAAAUUUUAUUGGACAAUGAAAGCAGCGUCAAACGUAAUGCAUGAAGGGAAGAUUCAUGCUAGGCGCAUGUAAAGGUGUUACCACUUGUGACCCCAACUUCUACGCUUUUCCCAGUUCUCCGUGAUUGUUGCUUACCAUACACACGUUUGCUUUUUUUAUUGUAAUAUGCUUUUAAUUAAUGGUAUGUCACGUCAAGGCGUAGGAUUCAUCCAACACGUCCCUUAGUCAUAAAUAGAAAGUGCCAUUGCGGUUGACAAACUUUACUUUUGAGUUUAAAGCUAAUCUCUAAGAAUGUCGACGAACUUCAACAAAACCACAAAUGGAACGCAGACAACAUCGUGCUUCGAUCCUACAGCAAGAAGAAUCGGAUACACUGUUACUUACAGCCUGAUCUCUGUAGUUUCAGUGAUUGCAAAUUUAUUGAUUGCAAUUAUUUUUUAUAAGACGAAAACUUUGAGGAAAUCCAUCAACUUUUUCAUUGUCAAUAUGGCCGCAUCCGAUAUUCUUUUGCCGAUUUUUCUUAUAACGCCGUAUUUAACAUCGUUACACACUGAGGACCCGUGGCUGAUCAGUGGUCCUGUUGGCGUGGUAUUGUGUAAGCUGGUAAUGUUCUUGCCUCACGUUUCUGUUUCUGUGUCUACCGAGAGCCUGGUUCUAAUUGCAAUGGACCGUUUUGUAGCUGUAGUAUUUCCUCUCCGUUCUCCUCUCAUCAGUUCAAGGCUGUGCCCGUUCCUCAUCCUCGUAACUUGGAUCGUUGCAAUGGCCGUUUCGUUUCCAUAUCUCUUGACAAUGAAACUUGUUGAGUAUCCGGAUGGCAUGGUGUGUGAGCGAAAGUGGAUUGAAGCUUUUGGCGAUAGCUCAUCGUUAAAACUUUAUAACGUAACGGUUUUCACUGUGUCGUUUUAUGUUCCAUUCGUAUUGAUUGCAAUACUUUAUAUAAUUAUUUGCCUAAGGCUCAAGCUCCAGAAGAAACCAGGCGAGCCAUCAAUCAACAUUGAGCGCCAACGAGCGAGAAGGGAGCGAAACGUAUUAAAGAUGUCCGUAGCUAUCGUGUUUGGGUUUGCGCUGUGCUGGUUUCCCUACACGAUUCACUGGUUACUACCGACGCAUUUCAGACCCGAAAAUGCA